AUGGCAUCGACCAAACAUACAAAGAGAAUACUUAAUCACGGAAGUAAGAUUAUUACGUCUGCGUCAAAUAAACGAGCACGACCCAAAUCUGAAAGUGAUACAAAAACACAAAAUACGGAUGAUGAUAGUCAAGAUGAAUUUUUACAACAGACGACUACAGAUCAAUCAGGGAAAAAAGAUAAACGACCAAAACUACUACGGCCAAAUGCAUUUUUAAGUUUUAGAAUAACAAAUCAGCAAGUAUGA